CAACGUUCGACCGGAAGGAAGUGGGUGUUAGCUGAUUGGCGUUAGCUAGCCGCAAUUCACAAGUCUGCUGCGGGUUCUAUGGAAGAGAUGUCAGGAGAGAGUGUGGUGAGCUCGGCAGUGCCAGCAGCUACAACCAGGACUACAUCCUUCAAGGGCUCCAGCCCCAGCUCUAAAUAUGUGAAGUUAAACGUUGGUGGAGCACUGUACUACACUACAAUGCAAACACUAACCAAACAGGACACAAUGCUCAAAGCCAUGUUCAGUGGCAGGAUGGAGGUCCUUACAGACAGUGAAGGUUGGAUUUUGAUUGAUCGCUGUGGAAAACAUUUUGGAACAAUCCUCAACUACCUUAGAGAUGGAGCCGUGCCGCUCCCUGAUAGCAGGCGGGAAACUGAGGAGCUGCUCGCUGAGGCCAAGUAUUACCUUGUCCAAGGCCUUGCUGAUGAAUGCACUGCUGCCUUGCAGAACAAAGAAUCUUAUGAACCCCUGUGUAAAGUGCCUCUGAUGACGUCCUCCAAGGAGGAGCAAAAGCUCAUUGCAACCUCUAAUAAGCCUACUGUCAAACUGCUGUAUAACAGGAGCAACAACAAAUAUUCAUAUACUAGUAACUCUGAUGACAACAUGCUGAAAAAUAUCGAGCUGUUUGACAAGCUUUCAUUGCGGUUCAAUGGUCGCGUACUCUUCAUUAAGGAUGUUAUUGGGGAUGAGAUCUGUUGUUGGUCAUUUUAUGGCCAGGGGCGUAAGAUUGCUGAAGUGUGCUGCACCUCCAUUGUUUAUGCCACAGAGAAGAAACAGACAAAGGUUGAGUUCCCUGAGGCUCGAAUCUAUGAGGAGACCCUCAACAUCCUGCUGUAUGAGUCGCAUGAUGGGAGGGGGCCUGACAACGCCCUGCUGGAGGCCACAGGGGGCGCAGCAGGACGAUCCCAUCACCUGGACGAGGAUGAUGAGCGAGAGCGAAUCGAGCGAGUUCGUAGGAUUCAUAUCAAACGACCCGAUGACCGCACACACCACCACCAGUGACCUUUCACUCUUGACCCGUCAUCCUGUGUGUCUAAACACGGACAGUCUUUGCACCACGUCUGUGCCUUACAUCACCCAGCGCCUCUCUGUCUCACUUCCUCUCUUAUUUUUACCAGCUUUUUCUCCAGGAGAUUACUGUGAGAUGAGUGUCUACAACAGUGUGUAGUGGUGGAGUGAUUUUAUGUGUGUUGUCAUAGCGACAUAUUUGUUGUGUGGUCUUGUCCCUUGUUUAUUUGUUUGAUAGUCAUGAUAACUUCUAUCAAUGUUCUCUGCCAGAUUUCCAUUGACAUGAGUGUCAGCAUUCAUUAAUGCAGGUUACAGUUACUUGUGUGUGAUGAAAAAAAACUAGAGUAUUAUCAGAAUAAAUCUUUUUAUUUGAGGUCCUAACACCAUCACACCCAGGACAUCAGGAUUUAUAUUAUGUAAGCAGCUAAAGUUUUAUAUAAUUUUUGCUUCUCCUUAACCAUGGCUCUGACGGGUCUACUGUGAGGUCAUCAGGCCAUAAACUAGGUGUUGUACACAGUAAGGCCACAUGGGGGCACUGUUGAACUCUUAGACGAUGUUACCAAGGUCUGUUUGGUACCCUGCGGAUUAUAGCAAAAAAAUAGAAAUUAAAAGAUUUUGAUACAGUAAUCACAGAUGGAUGCAACAUUUCACUGUAAUGCUUCUUUCUUAUUUACUUUUAACAUGUAUGAAUUUUCUCUUCACUUCACUAAAUGUUCAUUAUUUCAGUGAAUGAAACCUGAGCUGUGACCAGAGGCGUUAAAUGUAUUUGGGCUGAUUGAUUGAUGGGUGCUGAGGUUGAAGUGAAUGACUGUAACCAGAGCUCUCCCUGGCAGGAAGGGAGUCCUGUCUACAAGCAUCUAACAGGGAGAGAAAUUAGAGCUGUCCUUCAUCGCUGCAUUCAUCACAGAAUGAACCGUUUGCACACAAUGGGUUUGAGGUAAAAUAUGUUGAACAAUCACAGUACUUGUAGAUCUGUUGUACAGAAGUGAACAUAUAUGUAUCUUUUAUAUUUAUACGUACUUUAUCACAAAUAAAUUUCUAGAAACAC